GGUCAUGGAAGUGCAAACUGAAGAAAAAACAUACCUUGUAUCAUUGUAUCUGGGUAGCGACGGCAAGUUCUGCCACUCAAAAACCGAGGAAGUCCUUCGUCUCUGAUCACCUGUCACCCUUCACCUUAAAGAAACCUAUUAUCAUAUUUCAGAGUAGAAGGUAUGGCCGGACAUAAUGAUUCUAGUGCAGUAGAGAAGAAAUCAAGUGAUCUUUCGAAUGACAUUCCAACCUUCAAUGCUGAGAAUCUGCAGAGUAACAUGAAAACUAUAUAUUACAGCCGGACUUUUCUGUCUAUCAUUGGCGGGGUUAUUGCUGGAAUUCUUGGAUUCACAGGCUUGACUGGGUUUAUCUUGUAUUUCCUCAUCAUGGCCAUCACUUCAGCUGGGCUUAUAGCAAAGUCUGGGUUUUCAAUUCAUUCUUACUUUGAUAGCUGGAACCGGGUAGUACUUGAUGGAUUUUUUAGUGGGCUCAUGUCAUUCGUGCUAUUCUGGACUUUUGCCUACGACAUCGUGCACAUAUUCUGAUGGGUUUUUGCUACUUUUGAAACGGAAGUAAAGCUGUGAUGCUGCUGCGGGCCUGCAACUGCUGCAUGCUGCGAUUUAUUUACAUUCCCCCGAGAUUUGAAAAUAGCUUAAACAAUUUUGUAUCAGUUUUAAACUAUUUUGUGGUUUACUUUAGUCUAUAUUCCCUUUUCUUUCUCCUUCAUAACUGUGCAAGUACCAUUUGGCUGGAGGGAGAUGUAUUGGUGGUGUUUGUGUCACAAUUCAAAAACGGAGUAUCUGGGCCAUGGGCCGGUUUAAUUCCAUUAGCAAUUUCCUUUA